AUGCCUCGAGGUCAAAAGAGUAAACUCCAUGCCAGGGAAAAACGCCGUCAGGCCCGCGGAGGUCUGGAAGAUCUGUUGAGUGCUCUGGCCAUUUUAGAAGAGGAGGAAGAACAUCCCCCGCCCCCCACUUCUGUUUGUUCAAAGGAUGUUGCCCAGCAUUCACUUGAUGGGACAUCCAACAAUCCCGAUGGACUUUCGGGAGCCCUAUCCACCAGUACAUCUGCUACAGCUGUUUCACACACAAGACAUACCAAAGGUUUCAACGAUCAAAUGGAAGAAAGACCAAGUUGCACACAAGAUCCAGCAGCCACUGAUAACUUUCCCAGAGGCCUUCUAGGUGAGAAAGUAGUUAUGUUGGUGCAUUACUUGCUGUUCAAGUACCAAAUGAAAGAGCCCAUUACAAAGGCAGAUAUGCUUCUACAAAGGAGAAAUGUAACCCAAAUGUCCAAGAGCCAAUUCCCUAUAAUUCUGAGCAGAGCUUCUGAGCACCUGGAGCUGAUCUUUGGUCUUGACCUGAAGGAAGUGGAGCCUAAUAAGCACAUCUACGUUCUUGUCAACAAACUAGAUCCGGGCUGUGAUGUAGGGCUCAGUGAUGAGCCAAGCGUGCCCAAGACUGGCCUGCUGAUGAUUGUCCUGGGUAUUAUCUUCACAAAGGGUAAUUGUGCCACUGAGGAGCAAGUCUGGAAAGUGCUUAAUAUGAUGCGAUUACAUGAUGGAAUUGAGCACAUCAUUUUUGGGGAGCCCAGGAAGCUCCUAACCAAAGAUUUGGUGAAAGAAAAUUACCUGGAGUACCAGCAAGUGCCCAAUAGUGAUCCUCCAUGCUAUCAAUUCCUAUGGGGCCCAAGAGCCCAUGCUGAAACCAGCAAGAUGAAAGUUCUUGAGUUUUUGGCCAAGGUAAAUAAUGCAGUUCCCAGUGACUUCUCACCCUGGUAUACAGAGGCUUUGCAAGAUGAAGAAGAGAGAGCCAGAGCCAGAGUUGUAGCCAAGGCUCGCAUUACUGCCAUGGCCCAUGCACGUUCCAAGGUUAAGUCCAGCAACCCCUCCCAACUGCAGUAA